AUGUUGCCAACCUCAGCCGUAUAUACCACAUUCUUACUAUUUGCUACUGCAUCACAUGCCUUACUUUUGCCAGGAUUUGACUCGCUUUUUAGCUUGAUCAAUUAUCUUCCCUUCCAAUCGAAUAAUAAACAAACAUAUUUGAAACAAGAUGAAGUAAAUUAUGAAGAAUACAAGGCAAAAUUAAUCUCUAACAAGUUUAAGAAAAUUGUCCCAGACCAUUACAUUGUUGUUUUGAAAGACGGCUUGUCCAAGUCAACUCUUAUGCAACAUACAAAUUGGGUCUCGAAUGAAUACGCAACCAUGAUGACAGCUGCAACCGAGUCCGCUGGUGUAUUCUCCAACUCCAAGCCUCAACUUAUGAAGGCCUUGGAGUUUUUCCAAGUUGACAACUUUAUUUCUGGCUACAUGGGCUAUUUCACAAAGGAUAUGAUUCAACGAGUUAUGCAAAACCCCGAUGUGGAUUUUGUCGAGGAAGAUUCAAUCUUCAAAGUUAAUGAGUUUGACGUGCAAAAAAAUGCACCUUGGGGUAUUUCCAGAAUCAGUCGCCGUGAAAAUCUCACUGGUGGUGGUGGUGCUGAUUCUGACCUGAAAUAUCUCUUUGACAAUGAAGGUGGUAAAGGUGUUGUUGCUUACGUUGUUGAUACCGGAAUCAUGGUUGAACAUGAAGAUUUUGAGGGAAGAGCAGUCUGGGGUGAAGCAGUUGCUUUCCCCAAAAUUAAGAAAGAUGGCAACGGCCAUGGAACCCAUUGUGCUGGUAUUAUUGGAUCAAAAACCUAUGGUAUUGCCAAAUCAGUCGACCUUGUUGCUGUCGGUGUAAUGAAUUUACUUGGCGCAGGCUCGACCUCAGAUAUCCUUAAAGGUAUCGAGUAUGUUGUUAAUCAACAUCAAAACGAUGUUAGAACCAAAAAGAAGGGUUUCAAAGGUUCGGUUAUUAAUAUGUCUCUUGGUGGAGGCGCUUCAGAUGCUUUGGAUCUUGCCGUCAAUGCUGCUGUUCGUGCAGGUGUCCAUGUCGCUGUUGCCGCUGGUAACGAUAAUGCUGAUGCAUGCGACUACUCUCCAGCAAAAGCCGAUGGACCAAUAACCGUUGGUGCAAGUAGCAUUGUAGAUGCAAGAGCCUCAUUUUCCAAUUGGGGAACUUGUGUUGAUAUCAUUGCACCAGGUGAAAACAUCGACAGUACCUAUAUUUGGUCUGACCAUACAGCGAUGUCUGGAACAUCAAUGGCUGCACCACAUGUUGCUGGGUUGCUUUCAUAUUAUUUGUCCUUACAACCAGAACAAACUUCAGAAUAUUACACCUUGGUUGAGCCUGCUGAUUUGAAAAAGAGAUUGCUUAAGUAUGGUACAAAGGGUGUUUUGACCGAUGUACAAGGCUCGCCAAAUAUUUUGGCUUAUAAUGGCGCCGGCGGCAACUUGACUGAGUUCUGGUCCAACUAG